UUCUGCACAGGACGACGGGGUGCGAACACACGACGACCGUGACACAUUUCCUACGGUGUGGAGGGAGGGUCUACGUACUGGGCUGCUCCGUCAUUCUCGGGCGAGUGAGACUGCUUGACAGCGUUAUGCAAACGGAGAACACCUGUCGCCUGCGGACCGAUGGAAAAGCUGUAGUUUGCGAGUAGUUUUGCCACCCAAGAGGAGAGAGUUCAGUGUUGCCGUGCGUUCGUGCGUGAAAAGUGAAAAGUGCUAAAGAAUUUGAGUACCAGUGACUGGAGGUUGGUGCACAACGCACAAGUCAGGAGAAUGAUGUUUUCGCGCAAGGAGUUGCUCUACCUUAGGGCGUUAGUUUUCGCCACACUGCUGCAUCUCUGCAACACUCUGCAGCUGGAAGGACUCUCGACCAAGAAGCCACGCAUUACAAAGUACACGAUGAAGCCCACGUCCAGCUCGGCUACAGCGGUGCCAUCCUCCCUGUCGCUGUACCGCCUGGACGGAUCGAGUGGAGCAACGUGCAUACUGAUUCAAACCGAUGCCCUGCUAAGCAUUCAGUACCGCGAUAAGUACAAUGAGGAUAAGGAAGCGGACUCCUUCCUGCCGGACCAGAUGGACAUUUCCGGCGAGUGCUGGGAGGACGAGUCGCGCAUCACCAUGUCCUGGAAGGGUUUCACCAUCAAUAUCUACUUCUCGAAGACGCCGGGCGGCGAGCGCUGGUACGUGAACAGCGUCGACCUGGCGUACUCGUCCUCCAACAAGCUGUUCGAGCACAUCGACCGUCCCGGGCUGGACGUGAAGCUGUCGACACCGCCCGGCACGCUGCUGUUCCCGACGCCGGUCGGCAAGUCGUACACGUGCGACAACGAGGUCAUCAUCACGAUGUUCGCCCAGGACGAGAACGACAAGUCGGGCCAUCUGGCCAAGCUGUAUCUGCGCGAGCUGCGGAUGCAAAGCUUCAUGUACAAGGCGGGCAAUGCCUGGGGUCCCACGUUCCAGUGCAGCGCAACCGGUACGUACCGCGACGAGACGGCCCCGAUUGCCGUCGGCUCGACGCUGGCCGUGGCCACGGUCUGCACCGUUGUCGGAUACGGAUUGUGGAGAUACUUCAAAGUCAAGAAGUUCCAGUACGGAACUAUGGCUUAAGAUGCUUCUGCCGUACAUAAAAGGCAGAAAGAGAGAGGUGGGGUGAGAUUGUCCUAUCGCGGCCAAAACUGUUGAACAGCGACAGAAUUAUCGUAGAAGUUUGCAUAUGCAAGCGAAACAGUGAAAGUGAAAGUUUAAUUUGUUGCGAGCAACAUCACGCUUUAUUAUUUACCUUUCCCAACUCUACAUCUUGCAGAGCGACUCCACGUAAGUACUUCGAUAGAAAUGCAAAAUAAUUCCAUUACAAAGAGCAAACAAAAAAUAUGAAAAUCCUAUAACACGUGCUGUAGCAAACAGCAAACAGCAAACAUUUAAACAAUUCUCAACAACAACAAAAGAACUAUACAAUGCAAGCGAUGUAUUUACCGUGUUUUAGGGCACAGAAACUAAAAGGCGCACGGGAAUGUUAUAACUAAAUAUAAACAAUAUAUACAUAUACACAUGUAGGUAUGUGAGCAUACAAAUCGUAAAGGAUACCAAACGAAACAAUGAGGCGAGGAGAAAGAGAGAGCAGGUGCAUUGAAACAAACAGGUGAAGAGCGUUACAGAUACAAGAGAAAGAAAGUUGGAUGAUAGGAAUAUAUAUAUAUACAUACAUAUAUACAGUCGUAAGGAGAGUCGCAUAAGGAAAAAAGCAAACACGGCUAAGCGCGGAACAGCGUUAAAGAAUGUCUUCCAUUUUCAUUUUAAUGAUAUAAUCGUGUGAUUAAGUAACUUUAUGAACGUUCAUGAACAUAAGCAAAAACCUUAAAGUCAAACCAAGCGAACAGAACAGAAUGGAAUAAACACAACUAUGUAGUGUGUAUGUAGCUCUAUAUAAGCUUGACGGUGUUGCGGAUGAGGGAGCAAGCGAAAGGGAAGUGCCAGUUUAGUGAGUGGCAAUGCAAACGGCAAUUUAAAGAACACACAGCGGAAUCGGUCUAUGCCAACCUUCCUUUUCUCUAUGUGCACAAGACUCAAAACGUUCGAUUAUAGGAAAGGAAAUGCAUAUUUUCUCUCUCAAAACAAUUGCACACAUUCGACCAUUUGGCGGCAAACAACAUAUACGGACACAGUAAGCGUACCGACAGCGUAACAUUACAUUGAUCAAUUCGCACCAACACAUCUUCUUUGUACAUAGCACACGCGCUACCAGCAAUGCACCAUGUUCCGGCUCCGGAAGCACGUGUUCCACGUGUGUGUGUGUGUAUGUGUGUUUGGAAUAUUUUUAACCAAAAACUCGAGUUUCUUCUCCUUCUUCAACAUCGUUGUCGUCGUCGUCCCGUUCAUUCCGGAAAAUAAUAAACAAUUAAUAAACGCACUCUUACGAAACGUAACGUUUGUCGCGACACAUCGCGAAUUGAUGUGGGCCCAUCAAGGCCCCGUCGCAACAAUUUUGAAAAAAAAAAACAAACAUAUCUUGGUGUCUUUUGGUGCAGUUUUAAACUUAUCGUUGAAAUAAUGUGUAAAAGCAUACGCUCACGCUACACCGUUAAAUGUCGUACAGGUUUUCCACCCUCCAACAAUCAGCAACAAUAGGGCUCGAUGAAAAGUGGUUAAGGAGUGGUUGGUCUUGUGCAUUGGCUAAACAAUACAAAAAAGCGAUUUACUGAUAACCAAACGAUUAGUAACUAACAAAGUUCGUUUCGCGAUUUCAGUUACUAGCGAAUAAGUAGAAUAUCUAAGACUCCACGCAGCAAUCUGUCUCUAACAAAAUGAUAUAAAUUAUACUGUCUAUAUGUCGUUCGCCAGCGUUAACGCACACAAACACACCACGCAAUUAUGGUGUAUCAUUAUUGUUGCUUCAUAUUUACUAUUUACAUUCGUUACGUUAAAACCUACGUUAAGCAGUCAUAGAAGCCAACAAACAAGUGUAAUCAUAAAAUUCGUGGAAUAUAGUUAAAGUUUCUUUCCCACAGCCAAGUUCUUCUAAUUUGUCUACAAGGUGUUGUGUACACUGUCCCAAAUACAACCGAUACAAAAGAUUCUAAUUUUAGCAGAACUGCAUUCAAUCGUAAGCAUACAAAGUUAUGUUAAUGUUAACAAGCCAUUAACCGUAAUGAAACAUUAAUAAACAAUAAACAAUUAGUUCGAAACAUUAAAACCA